GAGAUCAAAUACCAAAUGGACGGCGGACGGCGUUGCCAUGACAUCAUGCGGUUACGUCACGUAAACAAAGCUGUCAAACUCUUCGCGGUUGCAGUCGGAGUCCAUCACAUACAUCCGUCUCUCUUACAUAUACGUCGAAGCGUGUAUGUUUUCGUGUUGUCCCUUUUCAGGCUGCGCGCCACUUGUUUCAGAUCCAAAGUGGCUUAUCUCAUAGAAUUCUACUAGAAUUGGUCUGGUGAAGCCAGUCACCGCGGCAUGCGUGGUAGAUUACCGUGUGAUUGUGUUCGCUCCUACAAAGUUUUAUAUUAUAUAUUUUCUACUGUAAAAUAUUUUUAUCAAUGAAAAUGUGAAUGGUUCGGUAACAGCAUAGUUGAAAUUUCUCCGAACGGAUUUUAAUGCUGAUAAGAUCAUAUUUGACGAUGGAGUGAAGAUAUCAUGACGAUCCUUCUGUACGACUACUUCGAUUUGGAGGAGACUUCUUCCAAAAGCCUUAGUGUGUGGAAAGCAUGCCAUUUAAUACUAUACGUAUUCGCGGCCGUGUUUGGCAUCGCGAACUAUGUAUUCUUACAACAAGCCAUGGAGCUGGUCAACCACAACUGCUUGUUAUUUCCGAGAGAACUCGAAUUCCAUACAGUCGAACUGAUUGAAGCUUCUGAAAUGCAAUAUGGAGUUCUGGAGGUGAAUAGGAACGUGACUGAUGAUGCUCAAGCUGAUGUGGAGAGGAAUGGGAAUGAACAAGAGAGUGUUAAGGAGAAGAGGGAGGCUAAUGAUAACGUAACCCUGGAUUAUAAUGAGACGGCGACGGAUGGGAAUGUCUCAUUGACUGUAUUUGGAAAUAAAACGCAUCGCUUAGCACUGGACACGUCCCGGACCCUGUUCGAAGCGAACAGUGACUGUCAGUUCGCGGAGUACAUGCCCCUGUUGUCAACGGUGUUCUCAGCAGUGUGGCUGACUAUGUUCACCAUGUGUCCGCGGGGAGGACGCGCCAGAGCCGGUCUUCAUCAACCCUGGCGCAUCCUGGCUCCAGCGCUACUGUUCGCACUGGUGAUGGUGGGCCUCACAGGACACAGCUUCACGCUCACCAACGGAGGCCUGCACGCGUUUUGUGCUGCCUUCUCUGACGUCACGAAUUCUACUACAUGUUCCUCUGUGGGCCCAUUACUUGAGCUGGGAUGGAACUCGACGUGGACAUUCGGCGGGCGCGUGGUGGCGACCCGUGCCACAUGCGCAGGCGUGCUGGCCAGCUGGGCCUGCGCCGCCGCCCUGCUGCUCGCGCGCUGCCUCACUGCUCCCGACUUUGUUGUCAAGCGAACUGAUGUCUGCCUCGCAAGGGAUCCACAACAGAAAGUAAUCCCUCACUUGCUGAAGUCACCGAAAUAUCACCAGCGCUCCAACCAAAGUUCUCCAAGUAAACGAGACAACUCGUCAUUGCGCUCAGAGCCAACUGUUACCACAGAGCUGGUGACUGCUUCCGUGGAACCGGGACAAGACUCCGUGCCCACCUCUCUCCUGGUCACCCCGGUGAAGACACCACGCAACACCGAAGAUAUCGAAAUGACGUAUACGUCACAAGAACGUAUUGAUAACCAAUAAUGCUCAAUUAAGAACAGAGCAUCAAAUAAAAAAAAAACUACUUGCCCACUUCCAAGGUAAAAAUUAAAGCUUCCAUUUUGCUCUAUUAUGUGCGUUAUCAUUGUUGUACCUAAUUGAUAGGCCGUAUUAUACUGUAUUUAAAUGGCUACAAGCUUAUUUGUCUUUUUAAGCUCUAUGUCACUCAAUGAAGUAAUGAUCAGGUAGGAGAAAAUAGAGACUACAUGGAGUUAAAACAUUAUUGAUAUGAUGUGAUAAAUUGUCUUUAUUGGGUGUUAUAUAUUUUCAAAGUGUAAAAUUAUCAGAAAAUGGAUCGUAUUGUAUGUUACUCGUUUACAAUAAAUGCAUUUAAACAUUAAACGUAG